AUAGAGUUUCCAGAGAAAAUGGAAACUUUUGAUGUGGAAAAUGAGUACAUGCUGGGAAAUGCUUUGUUGGUGCAUCCAGUCACAGAGAAAGAGGCCAAGACAGUGACAGUUCUGUUUCCAGGGCCAGAGGAGAUUUGGUAUGAUUUCAGAAAAUUUAAGCGAAUGGAAGAUGCAGGCACAGUGAAGAUCCCAGUAACACUGGAGAAUGUAUGUUUUUGUUUUAAAAUGAUACUUUCAUGGAGCAGAAAAAAAACCCCAAGCUCUUUUUUUGUCAAUAUUCAGAAUCAGAAAAGUGACAGUUCAAUUUCCUUGUAGAAAUGUAAUCUAAAAUAGCUUUUGUAUAAAAGUUGCAUCUCCUUUAUUGUUAGAUUGAACACUGCUGCAUCCUGGUGGUGAAGUGAGGUGAUGCAAGGGUUGCUUUUCCAACGGAAAUUAUUCUGCUUAUAUACAUACAGAAGUUUACUACUAUUC